CACGAAAAGCACAUCAGACCUUAGCAUCCGGAAUGGAUACCACUGAUAAUGCAUCCUUAUUCUCGUACACCUCCGGUCGAUAUCUGUUCAACGAGAACGUGAGGUUGAAGGAACGUCAUGUUGAGUUCAACGUCGAAGCUCUCCAACGUGCAGCCGAAGCCUCUGUUAACAACAAACAUGGCAAGGUCAUCAGCAUGAAAAAGCUAGCCGAGGGAGGCUUCAAUCGAGUCUUUGUCCUUGUGCUGCAGAACGGUUUCGAGCUGAUCGCCAAGAUCCCAUACCACAUAGCCCGACCGGAAUACUUCGCCACCGCCAGCGAGGCCGCCACUCUUGCGUUUCUUCGGCUGAGAGGUAUACCUGUCCCAGAAGUAUAUAGCUACUCUGCAACGGCGGAGAAUCCUGUCGGUACUGAAUAUAUCCUCAUGGAGAAAGCUCCUGGAGUUUGCCUCGCAUCUAAAUGGGUAAAUCUCCAAGACCUUGAGAUACGAAGACUCGCGCAUAGCUUCGUUGAACUUGAGACAAAAUUUUUCCAGAUUCCAUUCAGUGCCACAGGUAGUUUGUACUUUAAGAAGGAUAUUCCAUCUAGUCUACAGGCUCCACUAGACACAGAAGAACAUGCUACAGAAGCAAAUCAAUUUUGCAUCGGGCCUAUUGCCGACUAUAUGUUCUGGUACGGUAGAAGAGCUAGCCUAAAGUUGAACCGUGGGCCAUGGAAAAACCACGUUGAAUAUCUUCAAUCGAUAGCAAAAAAAGAGAUAGAUUGGACACAGCGUUACGGCAAACCGAUGAAGCCCGACUUCCCCCACAACGAUUUAGGACUAGGAAUUCAACGUCCAGGGGACCAUCUUAGGCUUUUGGAGUGCUACCAGUUGUUGACACCACACCUGCUACCAAAAGAUCCCGCACAUCCCUUCAACCAGCCUACUCUUCGUCACCCUGACCUCACUCCUAGUAACAUAUUCAUAACGCCUGAGACCGGUCGGAUUUCAUGUCUUAUCGAUUGGCAGCACGCCAUCAUCCAGCCACAGCUCCUCGCCGCUGGCUAUCCUCGCGCAUUCGAGAAUCCAGACGACGAGCUUUCCCCCGAGUUAGUGGAACCUAAGCUUCCGGAGGACUUGGAAUCCUUGCAAGUGGAAGAGAAAGCGGCGGUGUGCGAGCUCUAUCGUCGACGCCUCCUCUUCUUCAGUUACCGUGUGCUCAACGGCCAUUUCAACCGGCACCACAUCGCGGCCCUACGUGACCCCCUUCUUCUCGGUCGUCAAAUGCUUGUAGAUAGGGCCGGCCGUCAGUGGGAAGGAAAUCUCAUAACACUUAAAGGAGCUAUCAUGCGCACAGCCCAGUUCUGGGAGCACUUGCCCGAUGUUAAGAGUGUUAAGUGCCCGGUACAGUUUGAUCAAAUGGAACUAGACCAGUUCUCGGAGAAUGAGGACGACUGGCUGAAGAUGAGUGUAGCAGUGGAGCAGUGGCGGAAGAGAGUUUGUAAUAUUACUGAGGAAGGGUGGGUCCGAAAUGAGGAUUAUGAGGAAGCAAAGAAGAAGCUUGGAGACUUAGAGGAAGAGAUUCGAUUACAGUGUGAAGGGGAUGAGGAGGAUAUCCAAGCGUUUCGGACGGGCUGGCCAUUCCGAGAUCGUGAAGAAGUCGAUUGA